AUGACGUCGCAAUACAAUUUCAAGAAAAUCACCGUAGUUCCCACCGCUGCGGUUAGUUUUUUGUUUUCGAAUUUAUUCGUAAGAAAAAACAUCUUUUUAGAUUUAUGUUUGAAGAUAUUUCAGGCAAAUCAGUACUAGCUUUCAAUUUUAGGAGCUGAAAGAGGUGGUUCUUUCCAAGACACAACGCAAAACGCCAACAGUCGUUCAUCGUCAGUACGCUAUCGGGCGAAUUCGAGCAUUUUAUGCCCGAAAAAUCAAGUUCCUUCAACAGACGCUUCAUGACAAGCUAACGCAGAUUAUCAAUGAAUUUCCCAAGAUGGAGGUGAUUUCAAAAGUAAAUAUUAUUAUGAAAUUCUCAAUUUUAGGAAGUUCACCCGUUCUAUUCUGACUUGAUGAACAUUCUAUACGAUCGUGACCACUACAAAAUCGCCUUGGGUCAGAUGAACACCUCCAGGCAUCUUAUCGAUGGGUUUUAGAUGGAGAAAUUGAGAAAAACUUUAGGUGUAUGUUUUUUAGAAUCGCAAGGGAAUAUGUCAGAUUGAUGAAGUACGGUGACUCACUUUACCGUUGCAAAAUGUUGAAACGGGCGGCUUUGGGUCGUAUGGUCAAGCUUCUGAAGAGAAACAAGAGCAGCUUCGAUUAUUUGGAGCAAGUUCGCCAGCAUCUUUCUCGUUUGCCGAGCAUCGAUCCUGGAACGAGGUAUCAUGUAGAAAAAAUUAUGUUGUUGAAAUUAUCUUGCGUGUUUGUACAAAAAAAAGGGAAAGAAAAAGUUCAAAAGAAAAAAAAAGAACAAUUUUAAAUGCCUCUGAAAGCCUUAAAAAUACUCAUAUUUCUUACGUUUUCAGAACUUUGAUCCUCUGCGGUUUCCCGAACGUCGGAAAGUCUUCAUUCAUCAACAACGUCACCAGGGCCGACGUCGAAGUUCAGCCAUAUGCUUUCACAACGAAAGCCUUAUACGUCGGUCACUUGGACUACAAAUUGCUGCGUUGGCAGGUGGAAGGAAUUUUCAAAAACAUGAUAAUAUUCUUGUUUUCAGGUGAUCGACACGCCUGGUAUCUUGGAUCAGCCACUGGAGGACCGAAACACCAUCGAAAUGCAGGCCGUCACGGCCCUGGCUCACUUGAAAGCCGCCAUUUUGUUCAUGAUGGACGUUUCCGAGCAGUGCGAUCGCUCCAUUGAGGAACAGCUCCAUCUUUUCGAAUCGAUCCGUCCUCUUUUCGCGAACAAGCCAGUUAUCGUCGGUCUCAACAAGGUGCAGAAUGAUUACUUCAAAAUGCGGUCCUUUAUUUGAAAAAAAAAAGUUGACGAAAGUUUUAAAGUUCAUUUUUUGGAAAAUCUAUAUUUCUGUUUUCCAAAAGUGCUCUUUAACAGAAUUCGUGAUAAAAACACUUUAUUUUGAACAAAACCUAAAUAAUUUUAAUCUUUUGCUCUUUCCAAAUCUGAUUAACAAUAUAGAAAUUUGAGCAAAUUCCAAAAUUUAAGGUUGAUAUCAUGCGCCGUGGCGAUUUGCCCCAAGAGAAGGCCGAACUUUUGGCCAAACUCGAACGCGAAGGAAUUCCAAUCGUCGAGACGUCCACUGUGACCAAGGAAGGUGUGAUCGCUCUCAGGGACAAGGUAAUCAGAAAAAUGAAUAGAAGGAUCAAAUAAAUAAUUUUCAAGGCCUGUGACGAACUGUUGGCUCAGCGUGUGGAGGCGAAGCUUCAAGCUAAGAAAAUCGUCGUUUCUGACGAUUCGAUUCUGAAUCGCGUCUUUGUCGCUUACCCAACUCCAAGAGAUGAGAAGGUAGGAGACAGUGAGGGGGAAAUGAAAAACGUUAACUAUUUAUUUUGAAGGAAUGAUCAGAAAGUUCGAAAUCAUUCCACCCAAUUUUUGAGAACAAACGCAUUGAAUGAUAAAUCCAUAAUUAUAUAAUUUCACAAAAAAAAUUUAUCUUUUGUUCAAAAAUUAAAAAAAAACUGUUUUUUUCCGUUGAGGGCUUGAGAAAAAAAUUCGGUUUUUUUCGGUUAUUAAUAGACACACUUCGAUCGGUAUUUACCUUUUUUUAUAGCCUUAAGUUUUAAAUCUUCAAAAUCGUUGAAAAAUUUGUAGAACCAAGUUUUUCUGCGAAAAAUGAUGAUUUUAAAGGUCCGCGCGGCUUUCAAUACUCAUAGCUUCUCGUGUACCAAAUUUUCAAAGUCGUUGAAAAUCUGUAAAACUCAAGUUCACCAGUGAAAAAUUAAGAUAAGUUGGAAAAAUGUGACUUUAAAUUUGGAAAAGGGAUUCAUUAUUCAUAGCCUCUCGGGUACCGAAUUUUCAAAGUCGGUAAAAGUCUGUUAAACCCGUUUCACUGUUAAAAUAGAUGUUAAGUUGGAAAAUACGAUUUUAAAGGCUCGCGCUUCAUUCAUUUUACAAAGCUUAUCAAGUUUAUAUGUGGAAACAAAAGUCUAGUUAUGCUUUUGAAGGUCCGCGCGGCUUUUAUCCCGCCGGGAGUUGCUUUGAAACGCGCCAAGCGAAUGGCCGAGGCCGAAAGAGCUGAUAUGGAGGUCGACGACGACGAGGCCACUGUUCCCAACAACAGUGCCUUCCGUGAUGAAAGUAUAUUUUCAUCUUUAAAAAAAACGACAAGAAAAACGAUUUUUCCAGACACUCGUCGAUUGGAACGAGAAAUAGAGCUGGAACUGGAAGACAACUACAUCUUGGACCUGAAGAAACACUAUCUGUUGAAGAAUCCCGAGGAGAAAUACGACGUGAUCCCCGAGAUCUGGGAGGGACACAAUUUGGCUGAUUUCGUUGAUCCCGAGAUCCAGAAGGUCUAGAUUUUAAGAUUUCAAAAAAACAUUUUUUGUGUAAAUAAUUGAUGAAUAGGGUCAAGAUUGAUCUCAUUUUUUAAAUUUUGCUUUUUUCUGGACCUUGGCCUUCACAAAGAUUACAGCAAAAUGGUUUAGGUAAAAUAUUUGUUUUUUAAAGUUUACUCGAAUUUCCAACUUUUCCGAGGUCAUAUGAACGAACAUUCAAAGUACGUAAAUGAGUUUCAAAAAAGGAAAUUUUUGGUUUUUAUUUUUAUUCAACAUCUUCAGCGUACAAUAUGUACAUGUUAGUGAAGACAUUUUCAAAUUUACUCCUUUAAAAAAAUUUUUUUACGUAGCGUAAAUGUUGAUUCCCGUGUACUUUAGUCUAUGUGAGGAAUCUGCGCUUUUAGAAGUCCACUAAGUAUUUCUAAAAAGCUAAAUUUCAGAUGAUUCAUGGAAAAUCUGAAUUUUAAGGGCUUUUUCAAAAGUUUUCCUUUUUGAAACAUAGUUUUCGACAGCAGUAUAUUGGUUUUUCUUCAGAAGCUCGAAGCCUUGCUCCACGAAGAAGAGCUCCUCGAAAAGGCUGGAGAAUACGAAUCGGACCUUGACAGCGACGACGACGAAACCAAGGAGAAGAUGAAGUUGGCCCUGCAGAUCCGCGAAAAGGAAAAGCUUCUCACCUUGGAAAGCCAGUUGACCAAGAGCAAAGCGGUUUGAUUCACGAAGAAAAUGAAGUAAACCGAGUAUUUUUUUCAAGGGAAGAAGUGGCUCUCGUGUGAUUUCUCGCAAACGCGACCGUUCCAUGAGCCGAUUGGAGGAGGAGUUGGGCGAUCUUGGCGUUGAAGUUGAAUUUUUCAUAAUUUUCAUUGUAAAAUCAAAAAAUGUUCAGAUUGAUGUCAAGAGAAUGAAGAACCUGCAAGGACAGUGCGCCAAGCCGCAGAUUGGAAAGAAGGCUAGGAAAAAUGAAUAUAAUUUUUUAGGAGUGUAUUUUUGCAGAUGAAGAUUGGUCAUUCGCUUAAGAACCAGCCGAAACAGGCGCCGCCGAGAGAUGAACAGGCCAUGCCGGAUGUCGAGGUUUGUUUAGGGGAAAAUAAAUUUAAAGAAUGAUUUUUUGAAAAAAUUAUGUAGGACAAGGUAUUUCUAUGGGAUAAUAGCCGUAUGUAGUUUUCUAUUUUUCGAUUGCUCUGGAAAAAAUUUAGUUAAAUUACCUAUUGUAAAAGUUUGUAUUGAGAGAAAAAUUAUUGCUCAGAAAAUGAUAUUUGUAGUUCGGAAAAAAAGUUCAAGUGCGGUUCAAAACGUGGAAUCCAAAAAAAGGAUUUUUUUCAAAAUUUCCUUACAGUUUUAGGUAAAUUUAGUCGUAAGAAAAAAAUCUGCAGGAAUUUAUCAAUUUUUUUUUUUCGAUAAGCUUCCGUAAAUGGCUUGUGAAGAAUGAGAAACAACUAAAUUUUAAUUUGGCUUUGAAAAAAGGACAGAAAUCUGCCUGACAACGCGAUGAGAUUUAAGAAGCGAAAAAGUUAAAAAACGAUGAAAUAUUUCAUCACCCUUCAAUGAACUUUCUCUCUUUUCAGAAGCGUGUGAAGGCGAAGAAGAUGCGCGAGAAGGCGAUCCGAUCCCUGAAACGAGAAGCUCGCAAGGGAGAAGCCGACAGACACGUCUUCGACCUAAAACCCAAGCAUUUAUUCUCCGGAAAACGGAAGCAGGGAAAAACCGACCGAAGAUAA